GACAUAAACAGUCAUCACCAACAUCAAAGCCUCUGGUGUUUUUCUUAUCAGUUAUCAAUAACCCGCGUGACCUUUAUUUGUAAUCAGUGAUCGAUAGCCCGUCGGUGACGUCAUUCUGUUUCCUUUUUGUGCGGGAAGUGGAUGAGGUGUAGAAGACAAGCUGCUGAUCAGACGGACCGUCCUCCUCCCUCAUCCUCCUCUUCCUCCUUUUCCUCCUCUCCCUCCUCUGUCCUCCGCUCUCCGGUAGUGAUGCUCGGUCCGGUCCGGUCCGCCCGAGGCGCUCUGUCCGCGCGCUCCCAGUAGAUCUGCAGCUCGGAGCGGCUCGUGUCUUUCCGUCAUGGUGCAGAAAUCCCGAAACGGCGGGGUGUUCCCCGGGGCGCAGGCCGACCAGAAGAAGCUGAAGGUGGGCUUUGUGGGUCUGGAAGCCGGAGGACCGGAGUCGAACCGGGAUGGGGCUCUGCUGAUCGCAGGUGGGGAGGAGGGGCCUCGGCGACAGCGGAGCAGCGUCUCCGGAGGAAAGAAACCCCCCAAGCGCAACGCCCUCUACAGGCGACUGCAGAACUUCCUGUACAACGUGUUGGAGCGACCGCGAGGCUGGGCCUUCAUCUACCAUGCCUACGUGUUCCUGCUGGUGUUCUCCUGCCUGGUUUGUCAGUUUUUUUCCACCAUCAGAGAGUAUGAGAAGAGUUGGGAUGCACUCUACAUCCUGGAAGUGGUGACCAUCGUGGUGUUCGGGGUGGAGUACAUGGUGAGGAUCUGGGCGGCAGGAUGUUGCUGCCGUUACAGAGGAUGGAGAGGACGACUCAAGUUCGCCAGGAAACCUUUCUGUGUUAUCGACAUCAUGGUGCUGAUCGCGUCCAUCUCUGUUUUGGCGGCGGGGACUCAGGGAAACGUCUUUGCAACGUCAGCGAUCCGCUCACUGAGGUUCCUGCAGAUCCUGCGGAUGAUCCGGAUGGACCGACGUGGAGGAACCUGGAAGCUGCUGGGCUCGGUGGUCUACGCCCACAGCAAGGAGCUCAUCACUGCCUGGUACAUCGGCUUCCUGUGUCUCAUUCUGGCCAGUUUUCUGGUUUAUUUGGCAGAAAAAGAAGACAAUGAACAGUUUGAGACGUAUGCCGACGCCCUCUGGUGGGGACUGAUCACCUUGACAACCAUCGGUUACGGAGACAAAUUCCCAAUCACCUGGAACGGACGCCUGCUGGCGGCAACAUUCACCCUCAUAGGAGUCUCCUUCUUUGCUUUACCAGCUGGAAUCCUUGGAUCUGGAUUUGCUCUGAAAGUUCAAGAGCAGCACAGACAGAAACACUUUGAGAAGAGACGGAAUCCUGCAGCUGGACUCAUACAGGCGGCCUGGAGAGUUUAUGCCACCAACCUGACCCGGACUGAUCUGACCUCAACCUGGGACUAUUAUGAGAGGACAGUGUCUGUUCCCAUGUACAGGCUUAUACCUCCUCUUAAUCAGCUGGAUUUACUGAGGAACCUGAAGAACAAAUCUGGACUCUCAUUCAGGAAGGACGUCCAGCCUGAACCAUCUCCCAGUCAGAAGGUCAGCCUGAAGGAACGAGUCUUCUCUUCUCCUCGGAGUUCAGGAACAAAAGGGAAAGGUUCUCCUCAGCACGUGCUUCCUACUGUUGGUCCUGGUGUCGGUCCUGGUGUUUCUCCUCCGGUGGGUCCUGGUGUGGGUCCAGGAGUUCCUGUGGUUCCUGGAGGUCCGGGGGUCCCUGGGGGGGUCCAGGCCCUGCGGCGGUCUCCCAGCAUGGAGCCCAGUUUGGAGGAGAGCCCCAGUAAGGUUCCAAAGAGCUGGAGCUUCGGAGAGCGCAGCAGGUCCAGGCAGGCCUUCAGGAUCCGCGGAGCCGCAUCCCGCCAGAACUCUGAAGUGCUGAUAGAGAUGCAGGAUGAAGAGUUCAGACAGAAGAGCUCACCAGAGGCCAGCCUCCCGGGUGAAGACAUGGCCGAUGACAACAAGAGCUGCCACUGUGAGUUUGUCCCCCAGGAUUUGACCCCGGGGUUAAAGGUCACCAUCCGAGCCAUCUGCAUCAUGCGCUUUAUGGUGUCAAAGAGGAAGUUUAAGGAGAGUCUGCGACCAUACGAUGUGAUGGACGUGAUUGAACAGUAUUCAGCAGGACACCUGGAUAUGUUGGCCCGCAUCAAGAACCUGCAGUCCAGAGUGGAUCAGAUUGUUGGCAGAGGAACACCAAUAGCUGAUAAGGACCGUCCUAAAACAGCCAAUGAGGAGCUGCCAGAGGACCCCAGUAUGAUGGGACGCCUGGGGAAGGUGGAGAAACAGGUUCUUUCCAUGGAGAGAAAGUUGGACUUCUUGGUGAACAUUUACAUCCAGCGAAUGGGGAUCCCUCAGGCCGAGACCGACGCCUACUUUGGAUCCAAGGAACCAGAUCCGGCACCGCCAUACCACAGUCCUGUAGACCAGCUGGAAAAGAGCCAGUCCAUCUCCAAGAUCCUACAGGUUUUACCUGGCGAACAUGUGGAAAAGCCUCGUUUUGUGACAAAGAUGGUUCGGUCCAGCAGCUCCACCGGACACCGAAACUACAACGCACCAACUUGCCCACCCUCCACCUCCUGGCAGCCAAUCAGCUCCCAGCUCCACCAGCAAGCCCCAGCCCCUCACCCUCGUAGCCAUGGCAACACUCCAAGCCCAGUGGGCGAUGGAUCACUGGUUCGACUCCCCCCUCCUCCCGCUGGAGAAAGGCAUGGUGGGAACCGAUCGCAUCGACACAGUGCUGCAGAGCGAGGGGGGAUGGAGCGGCCAGAGGGGGGCGGGGCUGGAGGAGGAGGGGGAGGAGCCGGAGGAGAGGAAGGGAAACCCGACAGUGACACGUCAAUCUCCAUCCCAUCGGUCGACCACGAAGAGCUGGAGCGCUCCUUCAGCGGCUUCUCCAUCUCACAGUCCAGAGAGAACCUGGACUUCCUCAACAACAGUUACUACCCCUCAGGCCGAGGGGGUGGAGCUGGGGGCGGGGCAGGUGGCUCGGCCCGCUGCGCAUCUGUCCGGCCUUAUAUCGCUGAGGGUGAGUCUGACUCCGACUCAGAGCUCUGUGCUCCCUCACCACACUCGGACCGGGCCUGGACCGGAACCAAGUAGAGCAGAACCAGCAAGAGGAGGCGAAAUAUUCAAACACCAGCCAGAGUUAAAGGAAUGCACCUGGAGUGAAGCAUCAUGGGACACGUUUUCUACAUGUGAAUGUUAAAACCUGUGCAGUGAAUGUUUGUCUCAGUAGCCGUGUUUCCAUAGAACCGGGGCAUUGGAGCCAAACUGGUGCAGUAACGCAAAAUGAAAAUUCCAUAAAAGUGAUUUGUAGUGAAUAAUCUGUGGUUUGGUCUGAAGAUGGCACUCUGCUUAUUAAAUCUGAUGUCAUGACUAUUAUGAAAAUCAUUUCUGCAGCUGAAACUUCAACAGUAGCAGAAUCUGUAAACUUUGUUACAGUAGUUUUUGUGAGGUACCAGUUUGCAGAAAGCAUUAAUUUAACUCAGAUGAGGGUAAAUUUGCAUUGCUGAACAUCUGUGCUGGUUCUUCUGUGUGGAUCUUUAAAAUGUUUCUAUGUUGACUGCAAUGAUGGCAGAUGAUCACUAUGAAUAGAACCAUACAGAAAAAAUCCAGACUUGAAACAUAAGUGGAUUCUUUAUCAUUUCUACCCACAUCUGUGUGUUUCAGUCGGAGGCUUAAUCUACACACAAGAUCAGAUCAAUAAAUAGUCUGCAUUCUGUCUGUUCCUCUGAACUGGAUGACACCAAAAAGCCUAAACACCUGGUAUACGCACCAACAUCAGUCUGCACCAAACUUUUGUUUUUCUUAAUGUAUUUUAGAAUUGUAACUUAUCACCCUCAUCCAUUUCCUCUUUGAUAAAAAUCACAACUGAAACCAUUCUCUGUUACAGAUUGGAAACAGAAUCUCAAGCAGUCCUGGAAACCAAUUUAAUAAGCAGACCAAAGUAGAGGUUCCAAAUCAGAAGCUAAACCAGUUAGUUACCAACUGCCAAAGAUAUGAGAAUUUUACAACUAUCACAACUUUAAAAUGACUGCUUUGUUGAUACUUCUAUCCAUGUUUUUACACUUAAUUAGAAUAUCUGCAGUGCAAACCACUGCUCAGACAUGGAAUAUAUGUGCACUACAUCAUGACAUAUUCACAAAAGGUGUUUCCACCUCAGGUAAACAUAUUUUAAAUCCUUUUAAAUCUUAUUCUCAUAGUAAUCUCCACAUUUUCUAAUGCGAUUCUUCAAAAAAAAAUACGGGAAUGGAAACACGGCUACUGUCACCUGAUUGGUUCACCACUGGGACACACUGUCACCUGACAGGUACUUUGUUCCUUUUGUUAAUUGUUUAAAAUCUCACGGUCCCUGAACACAUCAUUGUGGUUGGUUUUGUUUGACACAGGAUGGUUCUAAAUGUGUGACACCACAGGUGAACGAUGACCUCUGACCCCACAGGUAACUGACAGUAACAGUGUCACAUUAAGGUUUGACUUGUGUGCAGCGAUAAACUGUUUCAUAAUAUGACCAUAUGAAUAAUGUUUCAUUAAUCUCACUCAUAUCAGCUUUGUCUGUCGCCUCUGUUGAAACGCUACCUGUUGAUUGAACUGAAGGGAAAAGGGUCAGUUGAAGGUGUCUAAACUUGUGCUUUGGCAGCAGACUCUUCAACUGUGGAGGUACAGAUUUCUGAUCUUGUGGAUGUGGCUACUUAUGCAUUCACCCUUUAAUAAGCCCCGCCCCCUUCGCUUAAAAUCCCUACCUGAUCUGAUCCAAAAACCUGAUUUGUUCUACACAUUUUUUCUGGUAUUUAAACAUAAUCAAUUUAAAUGUGACCUUUGGUUUUAAGAGUUAUUAACUAAAGUGAGCUUUUUUAAAAAAAAAAGAUAAUCAAAUACAUGUAGUCAUCUACAAUCAAAUCAGCUGACAUUAGCUCCAGUUCCAGUUCAGUCAGUUCCAAAAAAGGUGAAAUUGUUUUGAAAACCUAAAAUAUUCAGGGACUUUGAGAAGGCCCGUACGUCUAGAGUUCAGUUAAUGAUUAAAGAAAAUGUAGCUAAAGGUGAGAAAUGUGAAUCUUCUAUUUCACCGCUAGUCCAGCCAAAGAAAACAUUAAUUUAAUUAAAUCUGCAUUUUACUUAGAAAUACUUGAAACAUUUUUAUGUAGAACAGAUCAGGUUCCUGGUUUAGUUCAGGUUUAGACGCAAACUAAUAUUAGUGAACGUACCUCACAGCAGUUACAAAGAUGGCUGAACAUGAAAUUUCUUCUGUCUUUAGGUACUUGUAUAAAUACAGUAAACCAUAUAAAAGAUUCACUACUAUUGUUAAGCUGAAGAUGCACAUAUUUUUUAUCUUUUUGUUCCGUGAAUACCUGCUAAGCUAACUUUAUUCUGUUACAUGCUAUUAUUUCUGAUAUAUCUGAAUAUUUCUGUCUCAAAUCGAAGAAGCCCUUCACAAACUGGAAACCACUGUAACUCAAAACACAAAACCCACCACAGUCUGAUGAGCAUUAAUCAGGAGGAUCAUAAUCAUGACAUUAUUCACUAACACUGAUAUGUGCUCAAUGUAUUCAUACUGUUUAUAUUAAUCCUGAUGUUCUGUAACAUUUAAUAAUAGUCACAUGAAUGUUAUCAUGAACCAAACAUCUCUGAACUGUCCAUCACUGGUCUGUCCAGCAGGGGGCGCUCAGCAUCAGCCUGUGUCAUCAGAAUUUACAAGACUAGUUGAGUUCAGCUCCUCUGAGCAUCACUGUAAUCCACGGUAACCUCUGACCUGCUGACAUCAUCAGGAUUAAGCUCUGUUAAAAUAACUGAUUUAUUAACACACACUGUAGAUAUGACACGUUUCCACAUUUUGACUUAAUUUGUGAACCCAGUGAAGCUGACUCUGACCUUUGACUCGAUACAGCUCAGCCAUAUUUUAACAAGUAUUAACACAAAUGUGAGCGGAAACAUAAGAAAUGAAAUGCUGCCUGUUUUAUUAUAUUUCAAUACUCAUUAAAAACCUUUAAUCCAAACUGAAGGAAUAUGAAGCAUCUUCAGCUGUUCUGUGUGUUCUGAACCUGACGUCUGCACCUACUCUCUGGUUGUAGAAAAUGUGGAUUUUGCCUGAUGACAAUUUCAAAGAGGUAGAAGACUAAAUAUUUGAUUGACUGAUGUAA